CUCAUACCGAGCUGCAGGGCAUGAUGCUGUCGUUAGAGUCGGAGUGAAAAUGUUGGCUACUCUAGUGACACAUAGUCUACAAAUGACUGAUUUCUAUGAGAAGAAGGCGGAUAUAGAUUUUGUCACACAUCCUUCUUACAGAAAUAGAGAACAGACCGACAACUUUGACAUUGUGAAUGUAGACAAUCUCCCGCAACAAGCUCCCUCUCGCAUGGAUUGUGGUGUGUAUGUGGCAGCCUUCGCUGAAUACUUGAGCUCAAGUGCAGUCAUCCCAACCGAAUUCGAUGCAAAGUUACUCCGUAUGAGAUAUGGUGCCCUUUUAUGCGACUAUGCAUGGGAUAAGUCAAACAACAAUGCAUCAAGUGAUAACGAGCAGCCUCCAAGACCAAUUAGACCGGCAGUUGAUUACGAUGCAGUUGAUAAAGCGGAUCUUGAUUAGGCCACCAAUUCAUUUGUGUUUUUGAUUUUCAUGUUGAACAAUAGCAUAGUUGGUUGCGACUUUUGUUGCUGUUUUUUCAUUUUGGAUAUAUUGUUUCAUGUGUAGUAAUCUUUUUUAGGAUGA